CUUCCGGUAAGCGCAGCGGCUAAAAAUAAAGCCGUCAGCCCGACAGAAGCCUCUGACAACGGGGAACGGGACGAGCCGGACUCACUGGCUGUGUUGGGUCUGGUGGGGAAGCUGAAGAGGGUGGUGUUGUGGCUGCUGCUCGUCUACGUCUCCAUUCCCUUCAUCAUCAAGCUGUGUCCGUCCAUCCAGGCCAAACUCGUCUUCCUCAACUUCGGUGAGUCAGCGCGUCCCGAAUCGGCCAAUCGGAGCGUCUGUGUGCACUGCAGAAGACGAAGUGCCACGCCCACAUUUCUCCUUAAAAGGAAGGAUGUGAACGUGCAGCUCGACUAUCAACAGGGUUUCCUCGCGGUGAUGGGGGGGGGGCUAAAACUAGCAGCGAGGCUCAGGCACACGGUUCCUGCUCAGAUGUGGAGAGAAGCUCAGGGGAAGAAAGGCGACUGGUACGAGUCCAAGUUUAGCUCCUCCCACCCCGUUAUCCUCUAUCUCCACGGAAACGCAGGGACCAGAGGAGGAGACCACAGAGUGCAGCUGUACAAGGUCCUCAGCUCGUUAGGCUACCACGUGGUCACGUUUGAUUACAGAGGUUGGGGCGAUUCAGAAGGCUCGCCAUCAGAGAGCGGGAUGACAUCAGACGCUCUCUUCAUUUAUGAUUGGCUGAAGCGGCGGACAGACAAAACGCUGCCUCUUUACAUCUGGGGACACUCUCUGGGAACAGGAGUGGCAACCAAUGUGGUGAGACGGCUGUGUGACAGAGGUACACACACACACACAGUGUACCGGUACCUGCCCGGCUUUGAUUGGUUCUUCCUGGACGCCAUCACUGCCAACAACAUCCGCUUCACCAGCGACGAGAACAUGAACCACAUCUCCUGUCCCGUGCUCAUCCUCCACGCCGAGGACGACAGCGUGGUUCCUUUCCACCUCGGCAAGAAGCUCUACUCGCUGGCGUCGCAGUCGAAGAGCCUGAGCGGUCACAAGGUUCAGUUCGUGCCCUUCCCCGCCGCGCUCGCCUACAAGCACAAGUUCAUCUACAGGAGCCCGGAGCUGCCAAACAUCCUGAGUGACUUCCUGGGCACAGCUCACCCCAUCACACAGUGAGGACAGACAGGAAGUACUCAGAUUACUCUCUGCACUUCACGAGAGACGCACCGCCGCGGCUCGUUUUGUCCUCGCAUGACCUCGACACGUCAUUCCUCCUUCUGUUAGCAUUCCUCCCACAGCCGCGCUCGCGUCACAGCACGCAGGGUCGCCACGGCAACCGAUGCUUUUAAAGAGCGGUGGCGUGGAGUUUUUAAUCUUUCUGUGUGUCGAGUUUAUCACUGGAACUUUGUGUUGAAGGCCUGUUACGACUUGAAUUAAAUAUUAUUUGUUUUA